CUGUCUUGCAUCACACUUCCCUCCCUCUCUCCCAGAAGCUCCAUGUUAACCAAGGAAAUUGAGAAUUGUGCAAGUCAUUGAGGCUCCGUUAAAGUCUGCUCUGAGUUUGCUCCUUCAUAAGUUUCAAGAAACAAAAAGAUUUUACAGACACACCAUGGAUGUCAAUCAUAUUUCUCUACUGCUACUCUUGUCGAUGCUGAGUUCAUUGAUUCAAGGUUUCGAAACAAAUUCUGGCAUCCCUGGGGUACCAGGUUGUCACGGAAUACCAGGAAAAUCCGGCAAAGAUGGCAGAGGUGGCAUGAAAGGAGCAAAAGGAGAACCAGGGGUCCCCGGCUUAUUUCUCUCUCGGGGUGAAGAUGGUGAGAAGGGGGAUCCAGGACUCACAGGCCCAACUGGAAAAAGAGGGCGCAGGGGGCCCCCAGGGGAAAUGGGAGAUCCAGGCAACCCUGGAGUCAAAGGUGAAAAGGGGCCAUCAGGAGACCACAAGAGCACGUUGAAAUCUGCUUUUUCUGCAAAGAGAGGAGGGCACCAGUACCCACCACGGGACACCCCGAUCAGGUUUAGUAAAAUCAUAUCCAAUGACCAAAACCACUAUGACAGCAAUACAGGUGUGUUCACCUGUAACAUCACUGGCUUUUAUUACUUUGUAUACCAUGCAACAUCAGAUAAUAACUUAUGCAUCAACCUCAACAUGAAUGAAAUAAAGAAAGCUGGCUUCUGCAAUCAUGGCACUUUUGAUCAGGUCAGUUCUGGAGGGAUUGUGCUCCACUUGCAGGUAAAUGAUAAGAUUUGGCUCGAACCAACAGAUUACAAUGCCAUGAUGGGGAAAGAAGAUCAUGACAGUGUCUUCAGUGGAUUUCUUCUCUUUCCAGAUUAAGAAUUCAAAGAACAAAGUUUUUGACUAAAUGUUCUACUGAAAAUUAUUAAAAAAGUCUUUAUUAUGAGUCUAAUAUUUGCCUAUUAAAACUGAGACUAAUAAUAUCAGCUUCCUUCUCACAUUCAUGAUACAUAUUAUCUGUUGCCAAUUUAUGAGUUGUCACCUGUUUGAAUGCUCACAAGUAAUAAUGCUAGUGCUGCAAUGAUUUCAUCUUUCUCUCAUUGAGGAGCUGUAUCCCUGGCCAAUAUGACUGUUGAGCUUAGUGCUGAAAGAUAACAGGAAGAAUUGGGUUUUCUAACUGUCUAACAAUUGGCCUGUUCCCAGACCUUGGGUCCUACUGAGAUGGCUGCUUGUUGGUAUUGCUUUCAUUCUGUUAGCUUAGCCUGCAAGCUAUAUAAACCCACCCAUUUCAUAAACACUGAUUACCCAUGAGGCACUGUAAUCUCUGAUUUAUAAAUUCUUUGCUAGACAGUUAGAAAACCCAAUUGCUUCUGCUAUUUUUCAGCACUAAACUUGACAGUCAUAUUCACAAAACACCUUGACAUUCACACAUUGAUCAAUGAAUGUAUGCUGCCUCCUCAGAAUGACACACCAUUAGCUCAGACUGGAGGUUUCCUUGUGGAUUCUAUCAGAGGCAGUUUAUUUCAAAUCUUAUAGUCUUAGUCAAUUCUAAAACUUCGUUCAAUGAGUGUACUAACUUCAACAUACAAAUAUUGGGACAUAUUGUAAAAUGUAUAAAUUGAUGAGCUGUUAACUAAUACUGACUUAGAAAUCUCAGCAGAGGCUCCAAGGAAUCUGUAAACUGGCCUGAAAAAUCUGGUCUCCACAUUGAGGAGUUUUCCCUGGGUUUACAGUGAUUCUCACUCUGCUACAUAGAAUAGAAUAGAAUCACAUGGCAUAGAAAGAGGCCACUCUGUUGUGUCAGUGUGGCUGGAAAACAAGUCAUCCAGCCUAAUCCCACUUUCUAGCAUUUGGCCUGUAGCCCGAAUUUCUCACAUAUUGUGAAAAACAGAAGAUAAAUAGUUAAUUGUUGACUGUUAUAUUUCCAAUGCUUAUAACAAUCACCUGCAUUUAAAAUUUAAAUGGACUUGCAAACAAAUUAUUAGAAAAAAUAUUCAAUAAAUGUGUUUCACAUUG